AUGAUUCUGGUAAGCACGAGUUAUGAUAUUUUGUCAUUGUUUAUGUUUGCUCUUACUUAUGAUUUUUCUGUUUUUAUGACUUCCCAGGAGAAAUCAAAUCAUAAGAAAAGCUGUUCAGUUGAAUUAAUUAUUGUAGCUGCUGAAGUAUCUUUAUGCUUGAAAGUGAUUAAGAUGGCAGUAAGAUAA